AUGGAGAACCCAAAAGCGAUUUUCGAUAAGAGCCGGUGCCAUCCAAUCUGCAUCACUAGGCUGCUCUACCUCCCCCUCGAUUCCAGAUCUGGCGACAUACAGUCUCCCUCGUCGCGGCUCUCCUCCAUCUCCAUUGCAGAUCCGACGUAUGCAAUCUCCCUCUCCAUUCCAAAUCCGACGCUCGCUCUCCAUCUCAAUUCCAGAUCCGGCGGCUAG